AUGCGCACUGUUCUCCAUUGGGCCAUCAAGUCCCGCGACAGUGAUCUUAUGGAUCUUAUGAUCCAUUAUAAGGCCCCCUUGGAUCCAGCAGGAGAUGGGAUGAAUGCACUCUCUGCCCUGGGAGUUGCUGUUAUCUCACAAGACAUCUCCAUUAUUCUGCGUCUGCUUGAGGCAGGAGCACAGCCAGGUCAGGAGGAAGACCCAUGUCCCAUUGCGAGGGCUAUAGAAACUCGUCAACUACAAGUUAUUGAACUUCUUAUUGAGCGUGCACGUCAAAAUGACAAGGUCCUACUCCAACGUUUCAUUGAUUAUGGAUUGGAUCUGAGCUUGGACGGCCACACAGCACUGUUCACUGCCAUAAUGUAUGGCCAGUACGGGAUGGUCGAAUUUCUCAUUGAAAAGGGUGCGGACCCGCACCUAAUGUGUGAAUUGCGGCUGGACGAUGGGCAUUGCCUUGAGAGCUCUAUAGGGUUUGCUAUAUAUUUUCGGCACCUGCACAUCUUGAAGCUCCUGCUAGCGAAGGGUGUCGUCCCAGCGCAGUAUGAUUUAAGCUUAGCGGCAAAGAAGGAGUUCGAAGAGGCAGUCGCACUUCUAUCCAAAUUCUCCAACCAGGAAUUACCACCAAAGGAGACUUUAGAGAGAUAUAUGUGUUCGCAACGUUAUCUUGAACGUGAAAAGGUUGUUAACUUCAAGCUCCGGCGACAAUGUUUUUUCGUUGCCUAUUCGACUUCACCUGAAGAGCCUGAGAAGCCCCGUCCAGUUCUUGAGACAUUCCUUGUACAAUACUAG